UCCCGGAAGUAAUUGCGACUUGCGUCGGAACUCUGCAGGCUAGAGAGAAGGAGAUAAUAUUUCAGUCUUCUUCUUCUUGAGUUAGCGAGGAAUUCGUAGAUUACAAAACAUCCUCUUAGAUUCAGCGCUGCUUUAACAUACGGUUAUUUUAGCUUCACAUUGAUAAGUUGAAGAUGGAUGAUGAGAUAGAACAGUUAAUGGCAGAAAAUGAUCAUCCCCUUAAUGUGGAACAAGCUUGGACUAGCAGUUGCCUUCCAGAAAUCCGUUUGCACCUGCCGACAAGUGUACUUCAAUUUCAAAAUCUCAAAGAUGGAAAACAAAGUGGCUUCCAAAGAACAGCCAGAAUCUGUCUGAGACGGAUUCACAAAGCUGUUUCGCAUCAUGACUGGCAGACGGCGGCAGAACUGAUGACCAACUACUUCCAGAUGUUAGAGGACACCUCUCCUAGAAAUCAACGAUCUGCUUGUAAGGCAAUUUGGAGGAUGGGAGCCACAAUCCUUCAGCAUCAUCCAAACAGCUCUGGGGGCGACAUUGAAUCAUUCACUAAGAAAAUGAAAAUCAUUGGAGUGAAAUAUUACUUAAAGGCCUGCUUGGAGCAUGCAAUUCACCUGCUGUGUAAUGGAAAGAUGGAUGAAGCCUACAGGGAAUUGUCUGUCGCUGAAACAUGGCGAUAUGGAGAAAAAUCAGCAACUCAGCAAGAAGUACUUAAGCUCAUCCAAGGCUACAGGGCCUUGCUUGAUUACUACACAUGGGCUAAAAAGAAUCGUGUUGUUCAUGAAAGGGCUAACGAUGCAGUUGAUUCAAGUACAGCUCAAGAAAUGCACAAGUAUUUCCGACAAGCUUCAAUCGGCCUGCAUGAUGCUGUCCAAAGCCCUGGUGUGUGGGAUCCCUUUAUACUCAGCUACAUCAAUCUGCUUGACUUCUAUGAUGGAUUUGAGGAAGCCCUGAAAGUGCUGAAUGAUUAUGCUUAUGACAGCAGAUUCCCUCCAAAUCCAAAUGCUCAUGUAUAUUUAUACGAGUUCCUGAAGAGACACAACAGCCCACCUAAGAAACUGAUGAAAGUACUGAGGGUGUUGCAUCAUCUGGUUCCUUCUCAUGAACUCAUGUUGGAAUUUAAUUCACUGCUCCUGAAGUCAAAAAAAAGCUGUCAUCAUAAGGAAGCCCUCAGUAUGCUCUUCUGUCUGUUGGAUUUCCCCACAUGGAAAGAAGACCGCAACACAUGGAAAUGUUUACUGAAGCAAAUGAAGAAAGCUGUAGCCCAGGGUUACUCAGACUGGAUUAAAGAGCAGUGGGAGUCACGACAAGAUUGGUGGCCUGCCUUUCAUUUCACCCAGUAUCGUGCACAUAAGGAUUUUGAAGAAAAUGAUACCAAUGCUUACAGGAAAGCACUAAUUGCAGGAAUCCUAAUGGGCAAAGGUUGCAAAUAUUUCAUCACCAUAUACCAACUGGGACGUAAAAUUCAGAAAGCAAAAUUGAAGAAAAUGAAGCAAUAUAUAAAAGAUCACAGUCUGCUGCAGCUGAGCGGAUGUUGACUUGAAUAAGCCUGCCUGCUAAUUAGAACUGCUGUGUCGGCCGUGAGAUUAUUUUUGUUUAAUUCUAAUUUCAACAAAGCUUGACUAAUUUUUCCAAGGAAAGAACACUUGGAACUGACUUAACUUUUUUUUUGGGAUCUUUCUCAGAGCUGAAAUAAAAGGGGGAAAAAAAGCCAGGAAUAAUAUGGAGUGGAAAUGCUGAAGGGAGGCUGAUGGAUGUGGAAAGGCUGAGAGAUUUUCCACUCUGAAGCACACUCUGAAUAUUUUUCAAGGUGCCAGUGUUGUACAAAAGUGCCAAUGGUCUAAGUAUUUGGAAAUAUUGUGCUGUAAGUUUAAAUAUGUGGUGGAAUUAAAAACUUUGUUGUAUCAUUUAUAGGUAUAUUACAAUACAAUGUAAUGUUGAAUCUACAAGAGACUUUUUUUGUUAAUAAAAUGCUGGUGCUGCUCUGAAA